GUGCAUUGUUUUUAAUUUUGCAGCUCUCACAUACAGCAUUUGAUAGUGUCAAUUUAUAAGCAUUUCAUAUUCAUUAACUGUCACUGUGUGCACGAGCGUCGCAACACACUCACAUAAAUACACACUCGUUGAGAAUUACUUCCCCCAUUCAUGUGACUUGUCUUUGUGAGCGUCAAUUUCCAUUAGAAAAGCACUCGUUGCGGUCGGCAUCGAUGGCGCUGCAUUAAACGACAGCAGCGUCUUCUAUUACGAGCUUGCCUCAACACCAUCACAAUCACAACAAUCCGCCAUAGACAUUGUACUGCAAUCGGAGCAAGCAACAGUAAACAUGGUGCGCUUCGACAAGGGCAAAAUUCUGGCCAAAGCGGCUAACCUGACCGCUAUCAGCUGGGCACAUGCAGUCAACAGUCAGCAGCUUCUCUCCGAUGCAUUGAGCGGCGACAUCGACAUGAUUGAGGCGGAUAUUGUGCUGGGCCAGCUGAAUGGAGAGGGUGAUAAUCUACCUGUGAUGGCUCAUCCGCCGGCAAACAUCUCCGAUUUGACACUGGAAGAUUUCCUCUAUCAGAUCAAGGCGCACAACGAGGUGAACGAGGGCGCGGAGAAGGGUGUUAAGCUGGAUUUCAAGUCCAUUGAGGUGUUCGAAGGUGCGCUGGACAUACUAGACGAGACCAUUCCAAAAAUGACAUAUCCAAUUUGGAUCAAUGCGGAUAUCUUAGCCGGUCCCGUGGAUCAGAAUAGAACGGUGCCCGUGGAUCCGGCCCGCUUCUUUGCCGGUUGCAAUCGCUACAAGCAAGCGGUGCUCUCCAUUGGCUGGACCACAAACUGGGGUGCAGAUUUCCGCGAUGGGGAAUACACACAGUCGCAAUGCGAUGCCAUGUUGCAGGCCAUACGCGACAACAAUGUGACCUCCACAGGGCAACCAAUCACGUUUCCAGUGCGCGCUGGCAUUGCGGCCAAUAGCGCCGAGCAAUUACACAAUCUGGUAGCAGCCGUCAAUGAUACGAAUGAGAGCACAUUGACCAUUUGGUCGUCGGAGAAUGAUUAUGUGAACGUGGAACGUUUGCGACAGCUCAUCUUUGGCUUUGGUGUGGAGCGUGUGUAUUUAGAUGUACCCGAGGCACUGUCCUCUCAGUUGGAUUUGGGUAACACGGACAGCGGAGCCAGCACCUUUAAUUCGUUGGUCAGCUUCAGCUUUAUUAGCAUCUGCUUUUGGGCCAUCUCCAGUUGGCUGAAAAGCGUUUAAACACUUUGUGGUUUUUGUUUUGUUGAUUUCCAUUUCAAUUUGGUUUCUUUUUUAUUUUUUAAGGAAUUGGGUUUUGUUUUCUUUUUUUCUUUUAACUUAAAUCCCACUUUGAAUUGUAUCACUUCAUUUUGUUUUUGAACUUAAAAAGAGAAAAGAUGAUCGCUUUACAAAAAUAAUUGUUAUGCAUUAAAUUUAUGUAAUAUGUAGUAUAAAUAUAAAAAAAUACUUUGGA